AUGACAUUUACAUAUGUAACAAAUAAAACUCGAUCGGCUAGAUCACGGAUAAGAAAUCAGUUGAUUGAUAUCUAUAAUGAUAACUUUGAAGAAAAUACCAAUUAUUACGAUGAAAAAUAUUUGGAAGAAAGUUUAGAACAGGCAGAAAUACAAGCUUAUAUUGAAGCACAAUGGGAUGAGAUCUAUGAGGCUAUCGAUCAUGAUAACGCUGAUCUUCUCGAUUAUCUUUUGCCAUCGGUUAAUAUUUGUAACUCUAAGGAAAAAUAUUGGUCCCAUGAACUAUACUGCCAAUAUUAUGACGAAACUCCUAACAUCCUUUCAUAUGCUAUUCGUCUUGAACGUACAAACUGUAUUCAAGUUUUGUUGAACAAAGUAUAUUCCGGUGAUUUUUGGUUCGGUCAAACACCACUUUCGUGUGCAUACGAACGAGGUGAUUUGAAUGUUGUUCGAGAAUUUAUCGAACGUGCUCACGUAAAUAUUAAUCAAGGUGACUUCUUACAAAUCGCUGUUAGAAAAGGUCAUCAAAUACUGGUCAAAUAUCUAUUGAGUCAAGGAUGUAAUCUCCAGGGCAAAUGUAACCAAUUUAUAUUGCAUGAUGCGUCUGGUCUCGGUCAUACUGAGAUUGUUACAAGUCUUUUAAAAUAUGGCGCUGAUCCCAAUAUACGGGAUUAUUCUGGUUGGACUCCUCUUGACUAUGCCAUAGAUCAAAGAAAUAUCGACAUUGUUGAAAUUCUCAUAUCUCAUUCACAUGGUAAUAUCAAAGAAAAUGGUGACAAUUUCACACCUAUGAUGUUAGCAGUACAUUAUGAUUUAAGAUCGAUUGUUGAUUUACUUUUUAAAAUGUUAUCAAUUGAUCGAGCUGCUGACGAUCUAUUACGAUUAGCUUGCCGAUAUACAAUCGAUCCUGACAUGCUAAAUCAUGGUAUGGCUUUGUAUUUUUUUGUACAAGGCUUAAGUAGAAAACAAACAUUGGAAAAUUCUAUUCUCAAUGAAGUUUAUGAAUUUCGACAAGAAUGUCAAACAUUAGAUCAAUUGGAAAGUAUACAAGAUGAUGAGAAUGCUAUGAGAAUGCAUGCUUUACUCGUCAAUGAACGAAUUUUUCUUCAACGUCAAAAUGCUUCUAUUUAUAUUGAUUUAAUUGAGAAACAAUGCGAUUAUUAUUGUACUCAACGUUUAUUUCAUCGUAGUCUUCAAUUACGUUUGCAUGCAUACCAAUUGAUGCUUCGAGUUCAAAAUGAUUACCAAGAUACACGAAGAUUACAUCAAAAUAGUUUUCAUAGAUUGGUUGACAAUUUACAGAGUAUAUUGAUACAAGAUGGUAUAGUGCCUAUUGACUCUCUAGUUAUCAUAUUCAAUUGGAUUUUUGAUCUAAAUGCGCCACUUAGGAAAUUUAGUCAAGUUAAUCUUCUGCUUAUCGUCAUUUGUGUAAGUAUAUACAAUUGCACUCGAUGCUGAUAGUACAUAUGAUAAUUAUCUAUGCUUCUGUCGAUAUUCCUUGAGCUGAUAAUCCCUCCUCACUAAAAGCUACUCAUCUGUGUUAUGUUAAUAGACAACUCCUAUAUUACAUGAUCAUGACUUGCUAGGUGGUGUUCAUUUUAAAAAGCUACUUUCUCAUAUCUUGGAAACGCUCCACAUCUAUAAAAAAAACAUUAAGAUUAGGAAAAACUAAAGAAAAAAAAACACUUGCUAAUGAAGUUCAUAUCUAAUAGAAAGAAAUACAAUUCUUAUAUCAGUCAAUAAAAUCGACUCUCUUCAAGAGUAAAUGACAACAUUAAUUUAUGUACUAAUCAAUCUUAAAAUUAGGCCAAAUAUGAAUUUAAUAUAAAAACUUUUAAUAAAAGACCUCGUUGAUUUAGCAUAAUUCUUACGACAAAAUGGAACGAAAGAACAUAUUAAGCCUCCCCAUUUCCUCGAAAAAAGUCGAUUUUCGAAUAACAAUAUGUUGAAAUGAAGUGAAAUAAAUAAAGAGAUAGCUCGAAGUUUGCUCCUUUCUUAAGAAAAUAUGCUAUUUUUAGAAAAAAAACCGAUAAUCUUUUUCUUUUUUUUCCCUCAGCUUAUGAUUUCUUGAUCGCACAAUCCGCAUUUCUCUUUCUAAGCUCAUAGUAUAUAUUCAUUUUGUUUUGUUUAAGAGAGAUUGUCAAGGUGCAGUGUAGUACAGAGUUCUUUUCUUGAAAUUAAAUUUUCUUUAUAAUCAGAAUACAGACAUUCAUAUAAUUAAAGCAGCAUUUUUCGAGCCAUUCAACUUGUGAUUUCCGCUUUCUACUAAUAAAGUUAGUUGAAGAGAGAAACUCGAGCCACCAAAUGACUUAUUUUUGACUGUUGUUUCAUGAAAAUUUUCCUAGUGACAAAAUAUAAGGCUGAAAUCGAUAUUUGGGAGAAGGCGGAAAUAUACAUAAACUUAUGUCUUUUUUUUAUCGAUUUCUCUUGAUACAUAUUAUUCUCUUUAAUUAUUUUUUCUAUUAUAUUCUUUGAUUACGUCAAAAGAAGAUUAAAAUUAAAAAUAUUUAAAAAUAAUCAUACAAUUUAGGAAUAAUCCGUUGAUGUAACAUAGUGAAGCACUUAUACGUGUGCAUCGAAGGAUUUUUUUCGCCAAAAUUGAUAGCGGUUGGCAUAAUUAUUCUAUUAGACAUAAUCAUCUUUACGGACUCAUCUAUUUGUUGCGUUUGGCAAAAGAGGUCAAAAAUGCUUUCGGAAUCACUCUUAAAAACUUUAAAAAUGAAAUAUACUCCCCUCAUAUGACGCUGAACCAUUGAAGCUAAUAGAGUUCAUAAACGAUAUCGAAGAUUUUUAUAGUUCUCUUCCACAUAAGACAGAAAUUUCUCUGAAAAACAGCUUUGUAUGCCUAAGAUCGAUCAAGAAAAAAAAACUUGUUGAAUACUGAGAAAAACCAUCUGCAUUUGUUUUUCAUUGUUGAAUUAUCAUUUGAUGUGAUGAUAAGCUGGUUGCUCGGUUAUAAUUAUCAAAUAUUAUAUUUGUUUUCUUUUCUAUAGAUGAUUCAAUCGAAACAGAUGGUAAACAAGGAGAAACAUGUGCUUUUCAAGCUCCUACGACGAAGUGUACAAAAUGAAUCUCCUCAAAGAAGUUUUCUUGGCUAUUUUAUUCAAAAAAAUAUGAGAAAUGUGUUAGUACAUCAAGUUGGGCAAUACAGGUACGUUUGAAUCAAUAAGUUUCAGAUCUAUUGUUGCUUCAUAUAUAGAAUUAUAACAACUAGGAUAAGUAGAAUUAUAUUUGAUAGAAAAAAAAAUCUUGUUCAACAUGAAUCAUUUAAAAAGACAAGAGUUUGAGAGAACAUGAUACUUUCUGCUUUGAUAAAAAAGCAAAUCCUGUAUAUUUGUAUUAAGCAUAGUUGAAAUGCAAAAAAAAAAUAACGUAUUCUUCUCUGAUUUAGUAUCACAACGUUAUCCAUCAUACAUUUACUGAUUCAAUGUGGAGCAGAUGUAAAUCAAAUUUGUGACAAUUGUGGAAAUCGACCAUUGCAUCUUAUUGCAAAAUGUUUUGAUACUGCAAUAGUAAGACCUGUGAUGGAAUUACUUUUGGCUUCCGGUGCACAUUCAGAUACCAUCAAUUCAAUGAAUUGUUUACCGCAAGAUCUAGCAUGGAUACCUGAUGUAGAAGCAUUGCUUUGUGAAAGUCAAAAACUGUCACUCAAAUGUCAAUGUGCUCAAAUGAUUGCUUCAUCGAAGAUGUGUUAUGAGCACUACUUAAAUUCAUAUCUCGCUGCAUUUGUUCGGUUACAUAGCAAACCAGGACUAAAUCGAUCAUGGAACUUCGAUGAUUGGAGC